CCCAGGCCAUCCUGGGCCUCGGGUCACACCUGCUCUCAUUACCAUGGACUUCAACCUGAAGGCAGCCCUGGACCCCAAGAAGCCAGGCCACCUGGGAGACCCCAAGCAUGGCCCCCCCAAACCUCAGGGCCAUCCAGGGGCAGCUCACAGCCCGAAGCACGGCCACGGCAGCUCCUCAGACUCCAGCAGCAGCUCCAGCGACUCGGACUCAGACGGCAAGCCCCACGCUGCUGGCUCGAAGCCGAAGGAAGGCGCGGCAGGCAAGGUGAAGAAGCCCAAGGUGAAGAAGGACAAGGAGAAGGACAAGAAGAGCAAGAAGAAGGCCCCCCACUGAUGGGGCCCCGCGGGGCUCAUUAAACCUUUCUCUGCCUUCCGG